GUGACCAUGCUCAAACUGUCCGUGUCGCUUUUCGCCUUGGCGACUUGCGCGCUUGGCGCUGACCUGCCGUCAAUCGAGAAGAAGGGCUCCAAGUUCUUCUUCUCCAACGGAACCCAGUUCUUCCUCAAGGGCGUCGGCUACCAGCAGGAUUCGUCUGCCGCUGGAGCGACCACCACGAACUCGACCUUCGUCGACCCUCUCGCCGAUGAAGCUCGUUGCAAGGAGGACAUCCCUCUGCUCGCCGAGCUCGGUACUAACAUCAUCCGAACAUACGCCAUCGACCCUACCGCGGACCACUCGGCUUGCAUGAAGCUGCUUAAUGAUGCCGGCAUCUACGUUAUUUCCGACCUCAGCGAGCCUAGCCUUUCUAUUGACCGCAGCGAUCCCGCAUGGGACGUAGAGCUGUUCAAUCACUACAAGGCCGUCGUCGACGCCAUGGCCGGAUAUUCCAACGUCCUUGGCUUCUUCGCUGGCAACGAGGUCAGCAACCAGGCCAACAACACCGGCGCAUCUGCCUACGUCAAAGCUGCUGUCAGAGACACAAAGAAGUACAUCUCGGAUAAGAACUACCGAUGGAUGGGCGUUGGCUAUGCUGCAAACGACGACACCGACAUCCGUGAUGAGCUUUCGGCCUACUUCAACUGUGGUGAUGCCGACCAGUCCAUCGACUUCUUUGGCUACAACAUCUACUCGUGGUGCGGUUCUAGUGAUUUUGAGAAAUCCGGAUAUAACCGUUUCAUCGACGCCUUCAAGGACUAUUCCGUCCCCGUCUUUUUCGCCGAGUAUGGAUGCAAUCUUCCUAGUGGAGCUGCUAAGCGAACAUUCGAUGAGACCACUGCCCUGUACUCUUCCAACAUGAGCGAGGUUGUGAGCGGUGGUAUUGUCUACGAGUACUUUGAGGAGACCAAUGACUACGGUCUCGUGAAAAUCAGCAGCGGCAGCGCAACCAAGAUGGCCGACUUUGCCCACCUCCAGAAGAACGUCCGAGCCGCUUCACCGGCCGGUGUCAAGAUGUCUGCCUACACUUCAACCAACAAGGCCGCCAGCUGCCCAACCGUCAACUCUACUUGGGCCGCCAGCUCCAGCUUGCCCCCGACACCGAAUGAGUCUGCGUGCAGCUGCAUCACCAACUCCAGCUCAUGCGUUCCCGCGGACGGCCUCGCUUCCAGCAAGUACUCGGCCGUCUUCGAUUACAUUUGCGGCGUGAACUCGACUCUCUGCGACCCCAUCAACGGCAACGCCACCACCGGUGUUUACGGCACCUUUAGCAUGUGCUCCGAUGUCGACAAGCUUGCCUAUGUCCUCAACGCCUACUACGAGAGCCAGGGCAAGGCUUCUACCGCUUGCGACUUUAACGGAAAGGCCCAGACCCAGAAGGCAAGCACCACUUCUGGCGACUGCACUAAACUCGCCGCUUCAAGCAACACGACCUCUUCAUCUAGCUCUUCCACUUCCUCCAGCGUUGCUAUCGUGGGUGCUCCCAUGACCCAUGCCUUUACCCUUGGCGGUUUUGGUGUGAGCCUGUACAUGGCCGUGCUCGUUGGUGCCGGCAUGCUCGCUCUGUAA